GUCCGUGGAAGGAGGGAACUAGGAAGUGUUGACAAACUGUCUUUAUUGGUGUUGUCUGGUAAACGUCUGACUGAUUUACAGCCAUUCCGCUGUUGUGUUAUUCAGCCGUCAUUACAAUGUUGUGACUGUGAAAGCAGUUUGUAGCGGUGUAGGAGUGUAUCGCGGCAUACCGAGGGUUGUUUCUAAUAGUCUGACUCUUUCGUGGCGAUAAAUAAAGUAUGCAAAACUUUAGAAACGGCAUCAGUACGAUGCAGUGUACUCGCACACCACAACCUAGUUCUACCACUGUAUAUCUCAUUUAAUAGUAAAAUGUGAUACAUUUUUUUUACAAAGAGAGCAAUACUAGCUUAGGUAGAAACACACUGACGUCUGCCUAUGUUGACAAUUGGCAUUCUAAAAGUGAAAUAUAAGCACGCCAACAAUUUUAAAUGAAAUAAUCACUUGUGGCUUCAUCUAUCUGUGGAAGAUGAGGUUGUUCUGUCAUGUCCUUUCCCCCUCAUUUGUGUUCUUUGUCAACAUUUAUCGACAGUUAACGUUGUCUCUCGAAGCCAAGAAUUCCGAGUGCCCCUGAAUGCAGCAAGGUGCUAGCCAUCCAGCGCAUCGCAGUGACGUCUCACUCGGAUGCCGUUACAUCCCUAAAUAUCAUCACACACGCGUCAUUUUUUGUUGCCUUUCUCAUUCUCUCGUGUGUGUUGUUUUUUGUUGUGAAAGCUGGGGGUCUGCGGCGGGAACAUGCAGCGGAACGCCGUGGUCGUGGUGGCGGACAAAACGAGCCUAAAGAGGCCCUUUAUAUUCGCCUGUGCUGUCAAUAUGGCUUUGUGCUUCUUCAUGUUAACCAUGACAGCAGCCGGCCAUCGGGACCUCCUGCAAGCAGGCCAGCUGGUGUCCAACGUGUCCGUGGUGAUUUUGUACAUCCUGGAGAUCGCCUGUCUGCUGCUGUCGCUGCUCGGCGUGUUCGGAGCCUGCAGGGGGAAGAGGUGGUGUUUGAUUCUGUUUGCAGCUGGGAUGGCGGCAGCCAGUCAAACCAUCAUAGUGAAAACGGCACUAAGUUACCAGGACAUUUAUGAGACAGGUGUGGCGCGAGAGGAGGCAAAGUUGCUGUCCAUGAUGCCUCUGAGCGCUGCCAGCAAAACUAACAGGACCUUACUUCACAGUAUUCAAGCACAUUUUAAGUGCUGUGGACUCAUAGAAGGCUACAAGGACUGGGGCACCUCCAUUCCUGCUUCCUGUCAUUGUCAAUCACCGGGUAAAUGCAUACGACUGCGAGGCAGUGCCACCCUGGGGGCUCCAAAGAACCAGUAUGUUUAUCAGGAGGCAUGCCUACAUAUAUAUGUAUCCGCUCUCAAGCGAGGAUUCUCCUUGGCGAUGGGUAUCAAAUUCGGAAGCGGCAUAUUUUGGGCUGUUUUACUGGUGAUGAGCCUGAAGCUGAUGGUGCAGAUGAAGCGCAAGCAGGAGUUCAUGGCUCUGCUCCAGUCCAACAGAUACGUCCCCGGUGCCUUCUAGUGGUCACCUCAGCAUCGCUUCUUUGAAUUUGCACAUAAACAAACACAAUAUGCUGUAAGAAUAACCAUAAUAACCUGACUAGCUGCUAGCAAGCGUCAUGCUCUUUGAAUAUAGACAUGCAUGUAACCCGAAUGGCCGAUGUAUCUGAGCAGGACAGGAGAGGUUCAUGCGCAUUCAGGCACACGCCUACAAAGUCUGUCGUGUGCAGUCCAUUUAUUUUGCUGCCACUGUCAUCUGUCUCGAAGUGGAUUGCAGCAUUAGAGUGAACUUCUGCAAUGUAACCGACUACUUACAGUAUGUAUGGAUGUAAUGCUUACUUAGAACUACAACAACACGGGUUUUAAAGGCUAAUGACUGCGAAUGUUCCCGUAAAAGCACAUGUACUCGCUUUCUAUACUUAUCACCUGAAAUCAUGUCUGCACUUAAGCCAGUAUUGUAUAUUGUUCAUGCAAUUUGUUUUUGUCAUACACUGUUUUUUUUAAAGUAUGUCAAAUCAACAUGUAAUGUACUAUGUCACGUAAUGUAAAAAUGAUUGUAAAUAGCAAAAAUAAAU